CUAAGACACUCUAGAAUUACUUUCUCUUAAGGUUAUUAUUGAAAAAUCAUGGCGUGCACUCGAUUUUUGCGAUCUGUUUGGAUUUUCGGAUUCUGUUUAGGUAAGUUUAAUUAUGAGGUUCUGCGCAACCAAGUGGGUAAUUUAGAUAUCGUUUUUAUAGGCAAUUUAGUGAUCAAUCAUUUGAUUAGCGACGAAGAGUUAAAUAUUCGUUCUUUUCGGUUAAGAACUGUAACGACUGCGACGAGACCCACGCAUCAGGUAUAUUCUAUUUUCUCCGCCCAUGUGGGACGGCCUUAUUGCCACACACCUUUUUUGCCGAUUAGUGAGUGAAAGACUGAGAAGUGAUUGAAACGGAACUUUUUUGAGUUUGAGUCACUUUUCAUCGAUUACUGUUCGUGAAGGAUAUUAUUCCAAGAGUUUUCGACGAGAAGAGAAAACCAAAAUAGCACUGAAGAAAUAGAUACCGAUUUGAAGUAAAUACAACUUACUAAUAGUAAAUAGCUGAAAAGCUUCCGAAAAGAUUCUGAUCCGACCACUGAAGUCGCUUAAAUAAGAGAGUUAGUUGCAACCACACUCUCCGUCAAAACAAUUGAAAGGCUGUGCGUCGUUGGCACCAAUCUUUUCGCGCAAACCGUGUGGUUAUGGCUCAACCUCCUUUACUUCCGAUCAGAUUUGCUUUUGUCGCUAUGAAAUACCCAUUUUAUGUCGUGAUGCCUUGCAAGUUAAAGAAAAUGUGUUGCAAAUGUUAUACUUUACGCUGAAAGCAUUAUUUCGUCUAGACAUAUAAAAUUUCGCAAUUGUAGCUUAACGCAGGAAUGAUGUUAUGUCCAGUUUCAUGGAGUUUCUAGAUCUUUUACGCUGGUUUAAACAUGAUCACCGAAAUACCAAAUUUUUAUAUCGAGCGAGGUAAAAACAGAAUUUAUGCCUACUUAUUGGCAGCAAAUCUCUGAUCACUUUCGUAACGAAAAAAAGUUAAAACAGUCGAUAUAAAACUAGUUAAAGCCAUUUUUUGCUUGUGUAAAUAACUAUUGAAGACCUCAAAAAUCGGUAAAGGCUUGGCCCUUUUAUAAAAUAAAAGCAGGAAUCGGAACUCAAUUUUUUAACAAUAAAAAAAUAAAACUUUAAUCUAAUUUAUCUAGGCCGGUAUAAUUAACGACGUUUUAGCCAACUUUUUCCUGAAACAUUCCGCGCGACCAAUACUCAAAAAUGCAUGCGAGCGCGUCUCUAGAAGGUCAUUAUCAAAUUUUUUCGAUUCCUGUUUUCAAUAUCGCUACUGAUAGUCCCUGUAGCUUCCGUUUGGUUAUACUGGGCUUCGUUGCUCAAUAGGCACGCACUUUGGCACGAGUUUGAGCAACAGAUACUUAUCAUAAACAUUGGCGAUUUUUUGACAAAGCUGGAGCGACAUGAUUUGAUUCCUCGUGGAGAUUUUUUUGGCAAAACACUAAUUAACCUCCGACGGCUGUCAGAUAAUUGAAAUGUGAGCAAUAUGGAAAGAAAUUUCAGAAAAAAGGAAAUAAACUUAUGGCAGCAAUAUAAGUAAUUAGUGAAGCUUAGUUAACACUCCCAAGUCGAUAAAUGAUCUCAACAGUAACAUCAACAGUAACAUUUUGCUCAAAAUUUUCGGAGAAAUUAAUACCCUUCCUAAUCCUCAAUUGAGAGGAAAAUGAAGAGGGUUUGAAAACGAGCCAAGGACGAUAAAACAUAUCGCAAACAUCUCUAACUUCUAUGUAAGAAACAAUCGCAGAAUGAUUUACUCUUCACACGUAAUUAAUGCUGUAUUAAUGAACUCGCAGUUCAAAACUGAACUUACAAUGUAAAGCUUCUAUUGGUCUAGUUAGCUGUACUGUUUACGACAUAGCCGACCGAUGUUUUGUAUCUUUUGACAGCUUUAAUUUUAAUGGUAUGUUUGGCUGACGAGCUUAACAAGGAAGACGAUGAAAAGACUAUAACAGACGAUGACGUAUCAGCUAAAAUGCUCUCCAAGUCUGGAAAAAUCAUGAUUGUUCGAGAUAACGAUGACGACGAUGAUGAUGACGACGAUGAUGACGAUGAUGAUGACGAUGACGAUGACGAUGAUGAUGAUGAUGACGAUGACGAUGACGAUGACGACGAUUUUAGGGACGAUAAUGAAGAGAUGCUAUCAUUUGAAGUAGACGAGUUGAAGGAAAAAGAUGUCGAUGGAAAUGAUGUUGAUACGGUGGACAAGCAUUCUGUGGAUUCGUUUGACGACGUGGACUUUAAGUUUACUAAAGUAGACACUCAGGCGAAAUAUGAUGGGGUCCCUGUUACAAACGUGAACCUAUCAGCGACCCUACCUCCUUCUUCUUCUCUGGAGAUCAUGGUUUAUCUGUUUCGUCAGGCGGGGAAGGUUACAUUUGGGAAUGAAACCUUCAGGGUGGAAAAAGGAACAGUCAAGUUUAAUAUUAAGGUAAGUGUUGUACCAACGCGAGGUGACAUCGGCAUGGUCGACACGUGUUAAGUCCUUGCUAAUUAAGCACUCUAUAAUUCGACAUUGAAACCUAGGUCAUUUUAAGGGGUAAGUAGGCAACAUCAGAAAAAUGUGGUACGUUUUUAACCAUCCCUAUCAAAGGUCUCUUCACGCUACAGAAACCAGAGUGACUCAAUUAAAGCUGAGAGUAUAAGAGGCGCAAAUAUUAGAGAUCUUUUUUUGCGCUACUUUGAGCGGAACAACUGAAAUUCUCUUUCCAUUCGCCUGCAUUCGUCUAUGAUAUUAAACACUAGAUCUCUUCAUCUGAAAACGAUUGUAAUCUUACUCAGUUAACAACCAUGUCCUUCACAGAUCAGCAACUGGGAUUUCUGUGACGGGUCGUUUGUUGACUGCAGUGAAGGCAAAGUUGGAGAAUUUCUUGACCUAAAACUUAAAAUCAAGAGUAAGGAUUCUCCAGCAGAAAUAAGCGACGAUGACAGAAAAGCCGCCGCCAAGAGACCCAUCUGUAAAGACGAGGACAGUGAUGACGACGGCCCCGAUGAUCCGAACGAUGACGAUGACGAUGACGAUGACGAUGAUUGUCCGAACAUUUAUGACAUCGGUGGAGACUCUGAAAUGCUGCUUAACAAAGGGGUUAGUUUAUUGGUCAUUACAUCCUGUCCAACGUUGCAUCAGGCAGUGAGAUCAUUCUGAUUUUGUUUAAUCGAUGAAAAUUUAUUUCCAUAUACAGCGCAGUUUUUUUUUCAAUAAAUACCUCACAUCUAUCUAUCCGAUACCCAUCUGCCUUCAUCCUAUUUCGUGUUCGUGAAAUUUUUCGUCACAUAGCUAAAUCUUUAAGUUACAAUUUCUUAAAACAGUGUUACUAAUAUUGACUUAACUCUAAAAGUGGCAGUAGCAAUUAAGGCGAGUUCACAACGAGACAAACUUUUUGCUUCCGAAUUGGCGUUUGUUGUUUUCUACAUUUCCUCUUUCUGCACCCACAUUUUUGUCCCUCCUUCGCUUGUUUUUAUUACAGAAUCUUUAUAAAUGAUGUACAUUCUUCUUUUGCUAGGUGGUUACCGAUGAUGAUAAAUACACUGCCUUCCCCCAAGGAUAUCCUAAAUUUGAGAUCGAGGAUGGAGAGAAGAAGUUCGUCUUCCGAAUCCCUAAGUUCAAGAAGAGUGUCUUGGUUGAUCCAAGUGUAAACGUAGGCCGAGUCAAUGGCGCUACUUCUUUGGCACAUGCUAAUAUUGGGCUGGCCCUUUUGCUAUUUGUCGCCGCUUUUUUCCUCACUAAUCUUGUCUAAGAGCUUUUUGUUAAUGGGUAAAAUUCCUUAUUAUGUGUCCGCUAGUAAUUCUUAUUCAUUGAACAUGGAAAAAUUGUUAUUGGUUAAAAAAAGGUACUAUCAAUUGCCCCUUUUAUUUUUGGCUCAAAUUUUGUCUUCCUUUGCUGCAAAUUUAUUAAUUAACUGUCUUACCAUACAUUAUCAUACCCAAAAACAAAGGAAAAUUAAAUUAUGAACCACAAGGAUAGAGUGGAACCACAAAUCUUGCAUAAGAGCUUGCGUGUAAUCAAGUUUAAGAUCCCUUUCGUCAUAAAUACCACUUUGUUACUACUGCGUGAGCUUCUAAUUUUUGUUUAAAGAUUACUGACGUAACUUAAGGAUUAUUCAAAAUUGCUUUUCAAAUGAUUAGGCUGGAGUUGCAUUGUUCUACAUUUACAGAUGAAUUUCUGAUGUAGAGUAUUCAACGGUAUUUCUUAAGUUAUUUGGUCACUGUGGUGGCAACGCCCAAUCCAUCCCUUGAUGGAACGGUUUAAUUCCCUUUAUUAUUGAAGUCUACGAGUUCAGAAAUCGUUUGGAAAAGGCAUUUGCUUUCUCUCGUGUAAUUUGCUUUUGGCUUUACACGAAAAAAAUACACGACAUGAGUCUAUUGAAAGGAUUAGGUAGGAAAAUCGUGACUGUUGUAAAGAAAAACAGGGGCUAUCAGGCGACGACGCACUCAGGUCGGAAGCAGUUUGCUGAGAUUCAAAAUGAAAAAUCUCCUUCAAACGGAAAACUAAUUUUGUCUACUGACGCUGUAUCUCUUGCUGAGUGCUGCCAAGAAUUUUCAAAAUGAAAUGCUAAAGAUCUGGGUUUUUUCUGUAAUAAAUGUUAUGAAUCUUAUUAUAACUCUAAAAUUUAACAUAAUCUGCUGAACUGACUCAUGUUAGAUCAGUUUACGAUGUAACGCACAUUGUAAGGAAAUUAUGUAGCUUAGUGCUUGACACAGAAUUAAGAAUAAAAUAGAAACCUUGCU